GUUCUGGCAAACAGCUGCAUCUUUCUUCCAGGCCUGGGGACUGAUGAGGACUCCCUCAUUGAAAUCAUCUGCUCCAGGACCAACCAAGAGCUGCAGGAGAUUAACAGGGUGUAUAAAGAAAUGUACAAGACCGAUCUGGAGAAGGACAUCAUUUCGGACACAUCUGGCGACUUCCGCAAGCUGAUGGUCGCCCUUGCAAAGGGCAGAAGAGCGGAGGAUGGUUCUGUCAUUGACUAUGAACUGAUUGACCAGGAUGCCCGGGACCUCUAUGACGCCGGGGUGAAAAGGAAAGGGACUGACAUUCCCAAGUGGAUCAGCAUCAUGACCGAGCGCAGUGUGUGCCACCUGCAGAAAGUGUUCGAAAGGUACAAGAACUACAGCCCUUACGACAUGCUGGAAAGCAUCAAGAAGGAGGCCAAAGGAGACCUGGAAAAUGCCUUCCUGAACCUGAUCCAGUGCAUACAGAACAAACCUCUGUCCUUUGCUGACCGGCUGUAUGACUCCAUGAAGGGCAAGGAGACUCGUGACAAGGUCCUGAUUAGGAUCAUGGUCUCCCGCAGUGAAGUGGACAUGUUGAAGAUCAGAUCUGAAUUCAAGAGGAAAUAUGGCAAGUCCCUGUACUACUACAUCCAGCAAGACACCAAGGGUGACUACCAGAAGGCACUGCUGUACCUGUGCGGUGGAGAUGACUGAAGGGUUCGGCAUGGUGGAUCACGCAGAAGUGGCCCUGCCUGUGCCCCCCGACCUAACGAUCCAGAGAAUCGGCCUGCCGCUAAUGAACCCGGAGCUCCUCCCUGUGAAGAUGACCAUACGGACCCUCUCCCCAUCUUAGCUGCCUUAGCAUAGCCUGGCUUUCCCCUCGUUCUCUCCCUUAUGCCAAAGACAGGAACAUUCCGGGGAGUUGGUUAUACCAUUUGUGAUGCGAGACACUUCACCUCUUAUGUACUGUGGCGUGAAUAAACCAUUUUUACUUUAGAAA